ACAGUUUGAUUACGCAACCGUCAUUCACGCGUGCUGCUGAAAUUGUUAGCAUUUCCAUUGCAUCAGACGAAUUUAGAACCAUUAAUUUUAUAUGACAUAAAUCUAUCUGUGAAUAUACGUUACUCAGAAUGGCAGACUUCGAUACUUCCAAAAGUUCCGUGGAUCCUGAGCUGCAGGACUUUCUUAUGGCCGAAAAGCAGAAAGCUCAACUAAGUGCUCAGAUUCAUGAGUUCAAUGAUAUUUGCUGGGAUAAAUGUGUGGACAAGCCCGGAAGUAAGUUGGAUAGCCGAACUGAAUCCUGCUUGAAUAACUGUGUGAACAGAUUUAUUGAUACAUCCCUCCUAAUCGCAACCCGGUUCGCGCAGACACUUCAGAAAGGACAGUCGGGGAUGUGAGAUGAUAUGAUUACUAGGGGUAAUUUGCGCCAAAUGAUUCGCUGCUUUAGAGUAUAGGUGUGUUAAAUAAAUAGUUAAAACAAACUGUAAUUCAUUAAAA